GCGAGUGAUCGUCGACGUAAAAAAAAGUUAACACAGGAAACAUGUCUGGGCGGACCGCCGACGCGGAUACGAGCAAAGGGUUCCAGUUCGAAAUUCGAAAGCGGUCAUGUCAUCGCCUCUCGGAUUUCGUAUAAGUCACCGUCCAAUGUCAAAAUCGUGCACGUACCGCGAGCGCCGACCCUCCGGAUCGUGCGGAAAAUGCAAUCGUUGGUAGUUUGGUGGGCGGUGGUGUCGGCGGCCUGGGCGCUGGCCGGCGCGUGCUCCAGCUCCAUCUCCAAGCGGCCGGCGCGGCCCGCGCGCCCGCAGCGCCCGCCGCCGCAGCCGCAGCCGCAGCCGCGGCUCAACGUCACCUUCCCCACGUUCAAGUGCGAGCCUGACUACUCGGAGUACUACUGCCUGAACGGCGGAGUGUGUUUCACAGUGGUGAUAUCGGACAGUCCCAUCUACAAUUGCGAGUGCCGGAGCGGGUUCGUGGGCCAACGGUGCGAGUUCAAGGACCUGGACGACUCGUACGUGCUGACGAGCCGGCAGCUGAUGAUGGAGACGGCGUCGAUCGCGGGCGGCGCGACGGUGGCGGUGUUCCUGGCGAUUCUAGUCUGCUUCGGCGCGUGGGUGCGCCUGCACCGGCGGGCCAAGGCGCCGCCGUUCGCGGAGGAGCGCGGCGCCGUGCAGCUGGUGGCCGUGGCGGCGCAGGGCCGCGUGUCGCUGCUGCCGGCGCCCGCGCCCGCCGCGCCGCCGCCGCCUCCGCACUGAUGGACUUGUUGAACUCUGAACCGUGUACAUAUAGAUAGAUUAUGUGUUAAGUUAUGUCGAGAGAACAGAAGAUAUAAGAAAAAUUUAUGUGAUAAUUAUUUUACGAAUCUUAUAAUUUAUUUCGAAGGAAUUUCUUUUGUAUAUACUGAUCGGAUGCCUUUGGAAAUUACUGUUCCAUCGCGGAUACAAAUUUCAGUCUCCCCCCAGUGUUUGUUUGUGAAUCUGUAUUAUUUUGUUCAUAUUCAGUGUAUCGGAUGUGUGAAAGAUGACGACCGUGUACUAUGCUACUCGCUUCAGUAGAGCUGUUGUUAUAUUGUUGUCGGCACUGAGUCGGGGACGGCCGAGCUGCUCGGGCAGGGAAGAGAGGCAAGUCUUUGAUUUUCCUAUUUUGGGAUAUAAAUAGACAGAAUGAAGUCCUGUCUCUCUUGCCAGCGCGUGGCAGCCCGGCCCGCAUGUUAUUGUUUGUUGUGUAGCAGUAAGCACCCGAGUGCCUGCGCAGGCCCGGCCCUGCGCUGUUAGGUAAUGUGAAUCAAUGUUAAUUGUAUUUAUUAGUAUUCCGUUCUAUACCAAUAGAACUGUGAUGAAUUGUAUUUGCGCGCGGCGGACGCGCAGUUCCUAGGGGCGCGAGCCCGCACAUUCCAUCUGUGGAGAGUGUUUGGUGUCAGUAUUAUUUUGUAAUACAAGUCUUAAGCCGGCAGCUUUACUUUAUUUUUUUAAUUUAUACCUGUUAUCCCGCUGGGGUAGUCCUGUAUUAUAUUUGUUUGAAGGCUGAAAUGUGCCCUUGAUGAAAGGCUUUUUGUAAAUAUAGCCUGUGUAGGUAUUUAUUAGAUAUUUAUGAUCGUUUAUUUAUUGACUGCUUUAUUUAGUUAAUCUUGAUCAGUCUCAUGGGCCGCCUAACCAUAAGGUUGCAUUUUCAUUUCACCUGCUAAGCACGGCCUCGCCUAUUUCCUAUUGUAAUCUCAUUAUGAAUCUCAAUUAUGUCAUUGUAUCUUGUAAAAAAAUUGAAACAUAACAUUGGAUGGUGUUAAAACUGCUCCUGCAGUGUAAACUGUCAUAGUAUUUGUUAUAAAGGCAUUAUGAAUGUACCUAAUAAAAUAAUAUUGUACUGCCAAUCUUGCUUGUAAAUUGUAUCACCUAAUGUAGUCUAAAACCAGUGCCUAUUAUAUUGUAAUCUUGCAUAUACUGGAGCUCUCUAUUUAGUGUAUUGUAUUGUUAUUGGCAGUUUAGACUGUGAGGGCCACAAAAAAAUAGCAAACGUUAAUAAUAGGCUGUGACAUCACAGAGUAUAGGCCAGGGGCGGGGGUCGAUAGUUUGAUUUUAUAAUAGACCAGUGGCCCCCGUGGCUGUUUCAUGAGUUGACUGCGUGGCCCCCCCGGCCCCUGGCGCGCGUGCCACAACUGUCGGUGUUGUUAUGGUGACAGACAAGUCCUAUGUUGUAUAUUGAUUCAUAUGAGAUUGUUUAUAUGAACAUUCCAAAGUAUUUGUAAAAUAUUACCUACAUCGCUAAUAAUUUUGAUCUAUCUGUUAAGACGCUACAUUGUUAAUUAUACAGUUUUCUAUUGAUCAUUUGUUAAAAGAAAAUUAUACGAAACUAAAUCCUUA